GUCGCCGUGCGGCUCUCCGUUGCUAAGAGACGGGGCAUCCACAAGCCGGACCGAGGUUCUCCAGCCUCUCUUCCUGCCUUUCCGCACUCCGGCGGCUCCCCCGGCGCUCACCAUGUCGGACCCCGAAGCUGACAGCUUGCGAAGCACCUUUCCUUCUUACAUGGCGGAGGGCGAGCGGCUCUAUCUGUGCGGGGAGUUCUCCAAAGCCGCCCAGAGCUUCAGCAACGCUCUUCACCUGCAGAAUGGGGACAAGAACUGCCUGGUGGCCCGCUCCAAGUGCUUCCUGAAGAUGGGGGAGUUGGAGAAGUCCCUGAAGGAUGCCGAGGCUUCACUGCAGGGUGACCCGACUUUCUGCAAGGGGAUUCUACAAAAGGCCGAGACACUGUACACCAUGAGAGACUUCGAGUUUGCCUUGGUGUUCUAUCAUCGGGGCUACAAGCUGCGGCCUGAUCGAGAAUUCAAAGUUGGGAUCCAGAAGGCCCAGGAAGCAAUCAACAACUCAGUGGGAAGUCCUUCUUCCAUUAAGCUGGAGAACAAAGGGGACCUCUCCUUCCUAAGCAAGCAGGCGGAGAAUCUGAAAACCCAGCAGAAGCCUCACCCCGUGAAGCACCUCUUACACACCACCAAGAGGGAGUCCAAGCGGAAGGGCUCGUUCAAGAGCGAGAAGAUCAUCCGCCAGCUCCUGGGAGAGCUCUAUGUGGACAAGGAGUAUCUGGAAAAGCUCCUGUUGGAUGAAGACCUGAUCAAAGGCACCAUCAAGAGCGGCCUGACGGUGGAGGACCUCAUCAUCACGGGCAUCAACUACCUGGACACCCGCAGCAACUUCUGGAGGCAGCAGAAGCCCAUCUACGCCAGGGAGCGGGACCGGAAGCUGAUGCAGGAGAGGUGGCUGCGGGACCGCAAGCGCCGGCCCUCGCAGACGGCGCGCUACAUCCUCAAGAGCCUGGAGGACAUCGACAUGCUGCUGACCAGCGGCAGCGCUGAAGGGAGUCUUCAGAAAGCUGAGAAAGUGCUGAAGAAGGUCUUGGAGUGGGACAAAGAGGAGGUGCCCAACAAGGACGAACUGGUCGGGAACCUGUACAGCUGCAUAGGGAACGCCCAGAUCGAGCUGGGCCAGAUGGCGGCGGCGCUGCAGAGCCACAGGAAGGACCUGGAGAUCGCCAAGGAGCAGGACCUUCCUGAUGCAAAAUCGAGAGCCUUGGACAACAUCGGCAGGGUUUUUGCCAAAGUUGGGAAAUUCCAGCAAGCCAUCGACACGUGGGAGGAGAAGAUUCCGCUGGCCAAAACCACCCUGGAGAAGACCUGGCUGUUCCACGAGAUCGGCCGCUGCUACCUGGAGCUGGACCAGCCCUGGCAGGCCCAGAACUAUGGCGAGAAGUCCCAGCAGUGUGCCGAGGAGGAAGGGGACAUGGAGUGGCAGCUGAAUGCCAGCGUGCUGGUGGCGCAGGCGCAAGUGAAGCUGAGAGACUUCGAGUCAGCCGUGAACAACUUUGAGAAGGCCUUGGAGAGAGCGAAGUUGGUGCACAACAACGAGGCGCAGCAGGCCAUCAUCUGCGCCUUGGAUGAUGCCAACAAGGGCAUCAUUGAAGAGCUGAAGAAAACCAACUACAGGGAGACGCUCAAGGCGAAGAGAGAAGAGGGCGCUGUGCCGACCGUGGACAAGGCAGCCAAGGCCAAGGGGAGGGAGCCGAGGAGGGGGCGAGAGGACCCCGAGAGGGUGGUGAAGCGCUGGGAUCCGGAGCCCGCCGAGAGCGAGAGGGAGGUGGACGACGAGGAGCUCCGGGAGGCGCCGUCGAGCACCACGCGGUGGGAGCGCGAGGCGGCGGCCCCCCGCCGGCCGUCGGGCGAGCUGGGCUCCGGCAGGGCCCUGUCGGACCUGGGCAGGCCGGAGUCCAGGGAGGUCUACUGGAGGCCCUCGGGAGAGCUGGAGCAGGCGCUCCUGGAGGAGCUGCGCAGCCCCGAGGCCGGGGGCUUCGAGGACUCUUCGGAAGGAGGCGGCGCGGGGGCGGAAGAGCCGGGGACCGCGCAGCGGGGCGCGGCCGAAGAAGCGCGAGCCGCAGCGAGCACCUCGGAGGCGGAGAAGGAAUCCGAGUGACGGCUGGCGAGGAGCGAGGGCCGCGGGGCUGCGCGCCCGGAGACCCGGCCCUCCUUCAGCCGGGCCUGGAAGCCGAGCGUUGCCGUGUAAUAAGGAAAAGACGGGGUGGGGGGCUGGCUCGCACGGGUCACCGCUCCCUCUUCCUCGCUCUUGUCCCAUUAAAUAUG